UCCAGCGCCGCUUCUCGGCGUGGUAGCCCCGCCAGUCGGAGGGGCCCUGCCCGUGGCUUCCGCAGCCCCUGGGCGCCCUUUAAGCGGCGGGGACUUCAUUUCCCAGACGCCCCUGCGCGCAGCCCCGCCCCGGUCGCGGGAGGGGGGGGGUCGGUGCGGCGGGAGGGGACUUGAUGUCAUCCUGAGCAGCUGGGCGGCGGGCGCCGGUGCGCACCGAGCCGGGGCUCCCGCCGCACCGCUCGGGCCCCGCCUGGAGGCCCCGUCCGCGCCGCCCGCCCCGAGCCCGCAGCCCGCAGCCCGCGCCGAGGGCCAUGCCCGGCCCGCAGCCCCGGGGACCCCAGCAGCGCCGCCGCCCCGCGCCCGCCGCGCGCCCCGGUGCCUGGGAGCCCUGAACCUUGAGCCCAAGGGCCGCCCCUGGGCACCCGGGGCCAAAGUCGGGGCGUCUGAGAAGUGAGUGUCCCCCCCCCGGGCGGUGUGUUGGGGGGUGGCAGGAGUCGCUCGGGAGCCCUCCAUCAACUCUUCAGGACCCCCCCCCCCCCCAGGAAGCACCGAGACCUGACCAGCCUCCUCUGCACCCUGCGUGCCCCCCAGGCCUGGGCAUUUGCUGGAGGCCCUGGGGGGGGCCCGGGACGGUGGUUGUGCGGCCCCCCCCCCCAACCUGCAGGAUGGACCCCAGUUAGUCUGCUCUGCUCUGCUCCCCACGGCCAGGGAUCAGCCGGACACACAGGGCCUCUGACAGCUGACCCGCCUGGCUGCCAUGGAGACCAAGUUACCCCCUGCGAGCACCCCCACCAGCCCCUCGUCCCCGGGGCUGUCGCCCGUGCCACCCCCGGACAAGGUGGACGGCUUCUCCCGCCGCUCCCUGCGCAGGGCCCGGCCGCGGCGCUCACACAGCUCCUCGCAGUUCCGCUACCAGAGCAACCAGCAAGAGCUCACGCCGCUGCCCCUGCUCAAAGACGUGCCUGCCUCUGAGCUGCAUGAGCUGCUGAGCCGCAAGCUGGCCCAGUGCGGGGUCAUGUUCGACUUCCUGGACUGUGUGGCCGACCUGAAGGGCAAGGAGGUGAAGCGGGCGGCGCUGAACGAGCUGGUGGAGUGUGUGGGGAGCACCCGGGGUGUCCUCAUUGAGCCUGUGUACCCCGACAUCAUCCGCAUGAUCUCAGUGAAUAUCUUCAGGACCCUCCCACCCAGCGAGAACCCCGAGUUUGACCCUGAGGAGGAUGAGCCCAACCUGGAACCUUCCUGGCCACAUCUGCAGCUGGUGUAUGAAUUCUUCCUGCGUUUCCUGGAGAGCCCCGACUUCCAGCCCUCCGUGGCCAAGAGAUACGUGGAUCAGAAGUUUGUGCUGAUGCUGCUGGAGCUCUUCGACAGCGAGGACCCCCGGGAGCGGGACUACCUCAAGACCAUCCUGCACCGGGUCUACGGCAAGUUCCUGGGGCUGCGGGCCUACAUCCGCAAGCAGUGCAGCCACAUCUUCCUGCGGUUCAUCUACGAGCUGGAGCACUUCAACGGUGUGGCAGAGCUGCUGGAGAUCCUUGGGAGCAUCAUCAACGGCUUUGCGCUGCCCCUGAAGACGGAGCACAAGCAGUUCCUGGUCCGGGUCCUGAUCCCCCUGCACUCCGUCAAGUCGCUGUCCGUCUUUCAUGCCCAGCUGGCAUACUGUGUGGUGCAGUUCCUGGAGAAAGACGCCACCCUCACAGAGCACGUGAUCCGGGGGCUGCUCAAGUACUGGCCCAAGACCUGCACCCAGAAGGAGGUGAUGUUUCUGGGGGAGAUGGAGGAGAUCCUUGACGUCAUCGAGCCCUCCCAGUUCGUGAAGAUUCAGGAGUCCCUCUUCAAGCAGGUGGCCCGCUGUGUGUCCAGCCCCCACUUCCAGGUUGCAGAGCGGGCUCUGUACUUCUGGAACAACGAGUACAUCCUGAGCCUCAUCGAGGACAACUGCCACACCGUGCUGCCCGCCGUGUUUGGGACGCUCUACCAGGUCUCCAAGGAGCACUGGAACCAAACCAUCGUGUCUCUGAUCUACAACGUGCUCAAGACCUUCAUGGAGAUGAACGGGAAGCUGUUUGAUGAGCUCACAGCCUCCUACAAGCUGGAGAAGCAGCAGGAGCAGCAGAAGGCCCGGGAACGUCAGGAGCUGUGGCAAGGCUUGGAGGAACUCCGACUGCGCCAGCUGCAGGGGGCCCAGGGGGCCACCCAGGGUGCCAAGGAAGUCCCCGUGCAGCGGCUGACACCCCAGGUGGCCGCCAGUGGGGGUCAGAGCUAGAGAUGCCCCGGCAGGGAGGAUCUGACCUGAGCUGCCAGUCCUGGUCCCUCUUCUGCCUGGGGCCCAGAGGGGGCUGGGAGGACUCCGUCGGGACCGGAGGACAGCUUUGGCUGGGAACGGGGGCGAGGAGACGAUGGGCCUGGCAGCCGAACUCACGGGCCCACGCGGCCGGACUUGACCAGGAAGCCGCCACGAGCUGGUCCCCCGCCCUGGCUCCCGGGCCUCCCCCCCACCGUGGGAUCCGCUAUUUAUUCUCCCCGCUCACCCGACACACACGCCGUCCCGUCCCGGGCCUGGGGCACCCCUCCCUCCCUUGCUCUGUGCUUCCUCGUCCCCUUUUUAUUUAUUGGGCAGGGGGAGGGGUGAGGGCACCGGCAGAAGAGAUUCCCCGUGUCCUGGGGCAGAGGGGGGGUCACAGUAACCAUGGUCUCCCCCUCCCCUGGCUGGGGGUAGACGCAAUAAAGAAAGAAACCCAGAAA